CUCCUCGCGUUCCUCCAACAAGAAGCACGUGAACGGCGUGGAUCUGUUCUACGAGCAGACGGGUGGCGGGAAACACGUGGUUCUGCUGCUUCCCGGUGCUCUGGGAAGCUCCAGGACGGAUUUCGGCCCUCAGCUGGAGGCCCUGAAUAAAGAAGUCUUCACCGUGGUCGGGUGGGACCCCCGGGGUUACGGGCGGUCCCGUCCCCCGGAUCGAGACUUCCCCCCGGAUUUCUUUGAGCGGGAUGCGAAGGACGCAGUGGACCUGAUGAAGGUUCUGGGCUUUGGACGGUUCUCUCUGUUGGGUUGGAGCGACGGAGGAAUCACGGCUCUGAUCGCGGCGGCCAGGAACCCGGACCGGAUCAACAAGAUGGUCGUGUGGGGGUCCAACGCCUUCGUCUCUCAGGAGGACCUGAAGCUUUACAACAUGGUUCGGGACGUCUCCAAGUGGAGUGCCAGGAUGCGUCGGCCAAUGGAGGAGACGUAUGGAGAUCAAGGUUUUGCUGAAUUAUGGGCGAGCUGGGUGGACGGCAUUUCUCAGUUUGUUCACAGACCAGAAGGAAGUAUCUGCAUGGAGCUGCUGCCGCUGAUCAGCUGCUCCACCCUGAUCGUCC